AUGGCCCAGUCUGAUGAAACACAUUUUCUUUUACAUCACAUGGAUGGACAGGUUAAAGGAGUAGAAAACAUGGCACAGAAUGAAACUGAGAUAUCUUCUUGGAAUGGCACAAGUGACUUAUUCAAUAAAUCAUGGGAUAGAAAAAACGAUUUCCGUUUGAUCAAUACUGCGGAGACGGUUAUUCUACCUUCGUUUAUUGGCAUUAUCUGUUCAACUGGAUUAGUUGGCAAUAUCCUGGUAUUGGUUACAAUAAUAAGAUCAAGAAGAAAGACAAUACCAGACAUUUACAUCUGUAAUCUGGCGGUGGCAGAUCUGGUUCACAUUAUUGGAAUGCCCUUUCUUAUCCAUCAGUGGGCUCGUGGAGGAGAAUGGGUGUUUGGAAGUGCUCUCUGUACUAUAAUCACGUCUCUGGACACCUGUAACCAGUUCGCCUGUACUGCCAUUAUGACAGCAAUGAGCUUAGACAGAUAUAUGGCCCUUGUACAGCCAUUUCGCCUGACAAGUUUGAGGACGAUAUCAAAAACUAUUCGUGUAAACAUACUCCUUUGGGCAGCUUCGUUUGUUGUGGUAUUCCCUGUUUGGGUCUACUCCAAAGUCAUUCAGUUCAAAGAUGGUUUGGAAAGUUGUGCUUUUGAUUUAACAACACCUAAUGAUGUUCUAUGGUACACACUGUACUUGACUAUCACCACGUUCUUCUUUCCUUUACCACUUAUAGUGGCGUGUUAUAUUUUAAUUCUGUGCUACACGUGGGAGAUGUAUCAUCAAAAUAAAACAGCAGGACGUUACAACAACAGUUUACCGAGACAGAGAGUUCUGCGGCUUACUAAGAUGGUUCUAGUGUUGGUGGGAGUUUUCAUAGUCAGUGCUGCCCCUUAUCAUGUAAUACAGAUUGUGAACCUUCACAUUUCCAAACCAUCUCUAAUUUUCUAUGUCAGCUAUUACUGCUCUAUUUGCCUCAGCUAUGCAAGCAGCGGCAUCAAUCCAUUCUUAUAUGUUCUCCUUAGUGGAAACUUUCGUAAGAGACUUCAUGAAUGUACUAAAGUCAGAAUAAAAAUGUCAGACCGUGAACUGAACAAUAUUGAUAAUACUUUGAAAUCCAGUUUUUAGGACUUUUGCAAACUAUGUAUUUUUGUAUAUAUAUAUGUAAAUGUAUGUACAUGAGGAAGAGUUCAUGUAUCAUUCUAUGCACGCACAGUGGUGUAAAAUUAGAGUAGAGAUUAAGGGGUAAACAUGCCAAAUAUGUUGACGUUUAGGUAUAUCUAACUUAUUAUUUGGACUAAGGUUAACUGUGUUAUAUAUAUUUUUAAAUUAUAUCAUUAGCAGAAUCAAUGGCGAUAUGAUAUGAUUUAUGCGUAUAAUUAACUCAUCUAUUCAAUUGGUGUUACUUGACCCAUACA